CAUUUUACUACAUGACGUAGAUUUAUUACCAGAAGACAAACGAAACUUGCAUCUGUGCCCCAAGCGAAAUCCAAAACACAUGGCUGUUGCAAUGGACAAAUAUAAUUACACACUAUUUUAUCAAAGAAUGUUUGGCACAAGUUCUAUGUUCACUAUCAAACAGUAUCGUGAUGUAAAUGGACACUCUAAUCGAUACUGGGGAUGGGGCGGAGAGGACGACGAUAUUUAUACGCGAACCUACUUGGCUGGAUACAGAGUGGAACGAUACAAUAACACUAUUGCCAGAUAUACAAUGAUCAGGCAUGGAAAAGAUGUCGAAAAUCCAGUCAAUCCGUGCCGAUUCUCACUGUUGAACCACACAAAAGCAGACUGGAAAUUGGAUGGUUUG